GUCAAGUUUAAAGUUCAUCCGGUGAUGAGUGUGUGCCUGUCACGGAGUACACAAUAUGAUCAAUGUGUGUGUUUGUGUGUGUGUUUUGAAGAUUUUUGUGUGAGUGGUCGCCAUGGCCACGCUCGGACCGACGGCGCUGCUUCGCUGCCUGCUGUUGUCGGCCAUCUUGGCGCUGGUUCUUUUCCUCACCUCUGUGUGGCUCCCUCAGGGUGGCAUUGGAGACUGUGGCCCUGGACACUUGCCAUGCCAGACGCAUAGAACAACGCCUCAGCCUCCAUUGGUGGAGCCUGACGGAGCACCACCCUUCAUUAAGGAGUGCCCCGGCCAGUCGUUUCAAGUGUGGCGUCUGCUGCGCUUUUUGACGUCCAGUGUCUCAGUUGCCGACGAUGUCCUCCUGGAACCGUACCUGCAGAGCUGGGAUCAACUGAUCAUUUUCAUGGAGUCUCUCGGACCCGUGGUCUCGUUCUUCUCUCAGAAGGUCAACGAGAAGAUGGAUCUGAUCCGACAGCUGGCUCGCACACAUGGACCGAAGGGAGGGGUGAGAGGGGCAGAAGAUGCAUACCGCUCAGUGCGCUCCAUGGUGGAGGCGGAGCUACAAGCGGGCGUGGUGGACUUUUCCCGCCGCACCGAUUCGGGUUGCCGGACGCUGCUGCGUUUGCAUCGAUCGCUGCUUUGGCUCGCCAUGACGCUGGACGGCCUGACACACGAGCCCGACCAGCAAGGGCGCCUCAAGACACCCGGCGAGCUCAGCAGGGACGCCUACCAGGUGGCGCUGGCCCCGCACCACUCGUGGGUGCUCCGGCAGGCCGCAGAGCUGGUCUUCCUCGCUCUCCCGGAACGGGAGUAUUUCCUGCGACUGGUGUGCGCCCAGAGCCAGCACGAGGCGGAACCUGUCCUGCGCAUUCUGAUCCGCGCUCUACAGAGGGUCCACGGUGUGACCCAGCGCAUCCUGGAGCAGCACGCCAUGCUGGACCUGCCCUGAAGGCGCCCCCGAUCUUACAAAGGGACGAAGCGUCGCUCCGGAUGGAUGAAGAAAGUCAUUUAUUGAUUUUUAAAUGGACAUGCAGACAGGAAACAUUCACAUGUACAACUGAUUAACAAUCAAUAGCACAUAAACAUCCCUCGUUCGUCUUGA